CCAGCACAGACGCGUUGCCAUUGGCUGCAGCAGAGGGGGGGAACUAUCUUGACGGUUGGUCUCUCUCCGCUGUCUGCCCAGUACUGUACUACUGGAGAUGCCAAGAUGGCUGCAAGCAAUUAUUUCGGCUUUACACAUGGUGCCGGUCCGCAAUACAGUACCCAGCCUCCCCCAGCUUACUCCCAUCCAUCUACGGCCAGUUACAGUGUCCAGCAGGCUCCAGCUGUGGCUCAUGCAGUGACUGCAUCCUACUCUCCAGCUCCAGUCCAGGCAGCCCGGCCUGUGGUCUCUGCCCCUUACCCUGCCUAUCAGAGCCACCAGGCCCCUCCUGAUUAUGCCUACAGGCAGCCAGAACCCCCGGCACCCCCACAGCCCACCACCACCCCACAGACGUACCAGGUAUACUCAGACACGCAGGACAACUACAGCUAUCGCCCUGCAGCUGUGACUACCUAUGACAAUAAACAGUACUACCAGACGAGUAUAGCUCCGGCUCAGAGGACACCCACAGAGAAUUACUACCAAACUGUAGGAGUAAAGAGUGCCUACAGUCCAGCUCCCUCCACUGUGUACAGCCAACCGCCUCCUCCACAGAGGCAGGUAACAGCCCUGAAGCCUCUGGCCCCCUCAAGCUCUGUGUCCACCAGUUACAACAUCUACCCAGUGUCUACCAGUGUCCAGCAGCCGCCCACUCCCAUUUCAUCCUACACCCUUGGCUCCUCCUUCGGCUCCACUGUUUCAGCCACCACCUACUCAGGCAUUAGCUACUCCAGUUAUGACUCAACUGGCUACACCUCCACAUCUGCCCCCUCCUAUUACCAGCCGGCUCAGCAGACUCUCACCCAGCCGCAGCCUCCACCUCAGCAGCCACAACAGCCGCAACAGCCCCAGCCCCCCAUCCAGCCACCACCCAAGCAGCUGACAAGCUCCUCCUGGAGCAACUCAGGCAGCAACAUGGUGACAACUUCAGCUGUAAACACCUACAAAAAGCCCACGUUUCACCAGGCCAAGCUGCUCAAGCCCAAACUGCCUCCUAAGCAGCCCCAGCUCCAUUACUGUGACAUUUGCAAGAUCAGCUGUGCAGGCCCUCAGACGUACCGGGAGCACCUCGAGGGCCAGAAGCAUAAGAAAAAGGAGGCAGCCCUUAAAUCUGGGGGGCAAUCGGGGGCCAGCAACGGGCCCAGAGGGGUCCAGACUCAGUUACGCUGUGAGUUAUGUGAUGUCUCGUGCACCGGAGUGGACGCCUACGCUGCGCAUAUCCGUGGGGCCAAACACCAGAAGGUGGUGAAACUUCACACUAAGCUUGGCAAACCUAUACCUUCUACCGAGCCUGUGUUGGUGAAUUCGUCUCCAGUUAUCACAACCUCGACAGCUGGGAAACCUGCAGUGUCCAUGUCCACUCCUUCCUCAAUCCCAACCACUUCGACUCCGACUGUGACAGCCAAACAGGUGUCUGUAAACACCACGGCCAAAACAACGGCACCUGUCAAGAAAGCAGCUCCUUCCAAAAUAACUGUCAUUUCCAAUAAGCCUGCCAGUGCUCCAGCAGCUGCGGUGACUGCAGCGACAGUGGUGGUGGCUGCCAAGGUGGAGGAGCCCAUGCAACAGUCGGCUCAGAAGAUGGAGCCUCUUAGUGACGAUGAGGACGGUGACAGAGCUGGAGGCCAGGGAGACAUCCAGCCAGUGGGACACGACUACGUAGAGGAGGUCCGUAACGAUGACGGCAAGGUGAUUCGAUUCCACUGUAAACUGUGUGAGUGCAGCUUCAACGACCCCAAUGCUAAAGACAUGCACCUCAAAGGACGAAGGCACAGACUCCAGUACAAGAAGAAAGUGAACCCAGAGCUUCCCGUGGAGAUCAAACCCAGUAACCGGGCCAGGAAGCUGCAGGAGAGCAAGCUGAAGAAGCAGAAGCAGAAGGCGGUACUGAAGAGACAGAGAGACGAUGAGCAGCGCUGGCACAUGGAGAUGAGGUCAGACUCGUGGUCAAAACGAUAUGAAGAGGACAUGUACUGGAGGAGGAUGGAGGAGGAGCAGAUGUACUGGGGGGAGCAGAGACGCCGGAUGGCUCCUCCACCGCUGAUGAGUCGCCCUGGUAUGCCAGUACCCCCUCUACUGACGUGUGUGCGUCGGCCAGACUCUCCCGAUGACCGUCACAUCAUGGCCAAACACUCCACCAUUUACCCGGUAGAGGAAGAGCUGCAGGCUGUUCAGAAGAUUGUCUCUCACUCUGAGAGAGCCUUAAAACUGGUGUCAGACUCCCUGCUGGAUAAGGAAGCACCAGCUGUCACUACUGCUGCUACUGAAGGAGGAGAUGAAAAAGGUACUGAGAAUUCAGCACGGCUGCUAAAAGGUGUGAUGAGGGUGGGAAUCCUGGCCAAAGGCCUGCUGCUUCGUGGGGACAGAAAUGUUGAGCUCAUCCUGCUGACUGCUAAAAAACCCACCAUCUCUUUAUUGAAGAGCAUCGCCAAGCAGCUGCCAAUGGAACUGGAGACAUUUUCUGAAGAUCAGUAUGAGGUGCAGGCUCACCCCGAGGAGGCGAACAUCGUGAUAUUUUCAAGCAAGGAGCCCAAAAUGCAGGUGACCAUUUCUCUCACCUCGCCGCUGAUGAGGGAGGACACUGCUGCUGAGAAGGACAAGCAGGCAGGAGGAAAAGCGGCUGAGAAAGAUGUGGCUGAGAAGGACCCUCCUGAUCUUCUAAAUAAGAGGAAAUGUCUGGAAUACCUGGCUUCUCUUCGUCACGCUAAAUGGUUUCAGGCACGUGCGAACGGGCUUCAGUCCUGUGUGAUUGUCAUUCGGGUGCUGAGAGAUUUAUGUCAGCGGGUUCCCACCUGGGGGAAGAUGCCCGGCUGGGCGAUGGAGCUGCUGGUGGAGAAAGUGAUCAGCAGUGCUGCAGGUCCGCUCAGCCCAGGAGAGGCCAUGCGCAGAGUCCUAGAAUGCAUCUCCACUGGCAUCCUACUACCAGAUGGACCAGGGUUGAUGGACCCCUGUGAGAAAGAGCCGACAGAUGCUUUGGAAAGCAUGAUGCUUCAAGCUAGAGAGGACAUAACAGCCAGCGCACAGCACGCUCUGCGGCUGCUCGCUUUCCGUCAGAUUCACAAGGUGCUGGGCAUGGACUCCCUGCCGGCGUCCAAAGCCAGCGCUCGCAACCGCAAGCGUCGACGGGACGGCAGCGACACGGGCGAAGGCGAGGGAGAGGGUAAAAAGGACAAGAAGGAUGAAGCGGGGAUUGCUUGACCUCCGCCUCCAGAGCGCGAGGCGUUUGCUAGUUUAGAGACUGGUAGAAUGUCACAACUUUAAAACUUUUCUUAUCUUGAAAACAAUCUUAACACGCAGCUAUACACGUAUGAAUAUAACUGACUGUACAUGUUACAUGUCGACCCUUGAAUUAAGAGGAAUAUUGUGUUGGGAGGAAAGAGAGACUGAUGUUUGAGAAUCUGUACUGCGAUUCCCCGUAUAGUUCCUGCAGAUCAGUGUGCAGAGAAAAGUGUCUCAGUAAGAAAUCAUAAAAAUGACUGAUUGCUUCAUUCCAUUUCAGUAUAAUUGCACACUAAUAACUACUGACCUUCCCUGCCUUCUUCAUUCACGAUAGUUGUAUUGUUUUCUAUGAUGUCAAAGUUGAAUCAUCAGCACCUUAAGCUUUAUUUCCAAAAGAGUCUAAACUCUGCGGCCAGUUGAGUUUUACCACCUCGAGUCGGGACUCACUGAACUAACAUUGGUGCAUGACAUUUGUACAGAAGACGUGUGAGAGGGAUCAGAGAAGACUGGCAGUGUUUAGGAUCUACAUACAUACAGUACUGUGAUGUUCAUUGUGCCUAAGAUGACACAUUAGUGAGACAAUAAGUGUGACGCUGUCGAGUGAAAACUGUUUCAACAUUUCCUCCUGACACAUUUUGAGUUCAUUCGAUGGACUUGUUAAAUCCAAAGGUCCUGCAUCACAUCUUAAAGAGAAAAAAGAAAAACAAGGCUACACUAAAAUAAUUUCCCUUAAAUACGUCAUUACGUUGUUGUUGGGGGGGGUUUUGUUUUUUUUUGUUUUUUGUGAGAAACGCACAAAGACAGAGAAGCUCUGCUUUGUGCAGCAUUACCCCGUGAGGUUUUUUCACACUGGAGAGUAAAUCUGUCUCUGGAGAGAGAGAGACAAGUCUUAUGUUGCACAGUCUGUAGCAUGCUGAGGGAAUGAAGCACUUAAGAAAUGACAAUGUUACUGUAUGCAGCCAUAAUUUUAUCAUUUAAAUAAUAUGCCUAGUAAUCUUUUUUUCUUCCAGAGUAUGGUGAGCAGAAGAGAGAAGCUUUAGUCUGAAACAUAAGACUGAAUAUCUACUGUAAUGAUCAAGUAGUCCUUUGACUUUCUUCCUUGUGCCUGCAUCAUGUUGUGUGUUACUAAAGACUGAGUAAAGGGGAACAUUUAUGAGUUGUCAAGUUAAUAAUGCAAUGAUCUUAUUUCACAAAGAUGUAGGACAGGGAAGGGACAGUUGCACAACUCUUUUGGCUUAAAAGUCGUUGUGAGAGAGGUGUUGUGCGGUUUUAGUUUGUUUUUGUUUGUUUUUUCAUUUAUCAAGAGCAUCAUAUUAGUAUCGCUUGUUUUAUUUCUGAAGGACGUUGCAAUCUAUUUUGUAUUGUUUAAACAGAAAGUGUGAACGUUGCUGUCCUAUUAUUUGAAUGUCUUUGUAGUGUUGCCUAAAAUUAUGGGGAGAUAUUAAAACACUUUUAAGCCA